UGCUUAACAAGUUGGUGCAAGAAAGCCAAGUAUUCAGUUGCACAGAAGGCAGAGAUGGAGAUGUGAUUGUUAAAUAAGAAGGAAGCCUAGGAAGUGGCUCUUAGAUUGGGAAUAUACUACCGAAUAAACUCUACUGAAUGAAGAAGCUUUUAACCUUGAGAAAGACCCUUUUAGCACUGCUGCUUCUAUCACUUCCUGUGCUUAAGCUUUGCCAUAAAAGUGGCUGAGGUUUGUCUGGAAGCCAAACCAAGCCAGUGCAGGGAGGUAGUGUUGCCAGCUCCAACUUGGGAAAUUCCCAGAGAUCUGGAAUGGGGGGUAGAGUCUAGGGAGGAACCUCAGCAGAGUCCAUUUCCUUCAGGUCAGACCCAGGAUGCAGCCUGCAGUCUUGAUGAGUGCAAUAUCUGCCCUGGCUUUUGCACUAGCUCCAGCAGCUCUGUCUAAGGAAAAUGGAAAGGAAAAGAAGCUGAAAACUGACAUUCCAUCUUACAACAUCCUGGAUCUUGACAGUGAUGACCUCAGCCUGGACAAUUAUGGAGGAAUAAUUGAUCUCAGUAAUUAUGAGGAUAUCUACGAUUAUGGGGACCUGGCAUCAAAGAUUGAAGUUGAUACCUUAGCUCCUCUGUCCAAGCAUUUCCCACAAUCCCUGAGCACAACUGUGCCAGUUGAAGCUCCACAAAGCAAGCCACCAAGCUCCACAGCUGCCAGGGCUAAGGGACCAGGUCUCUUUGGGUCCAUAUCAAAUCAGGGUCUUCCCACCUGCUUGGUCUGUGUGUGUAUCAGAACCUCUGUGUACUGUGAUGACACCGAUCUAGAAGACGUCCCUCCUCUGCCCUUAGAGACUGUGUACUUCUAUGCACGCUUCAAUCGCAUUAAUCGGAUUCUAGCCAGUGACUUCACUGGACUCGCAAAACUGAAACGAAUUGACUUGACGAACAACUUUGUUUCUUGGGUGGAUGAAGACUCUUUCCGACUGCUGCCCUCUUUGCAAGAACUGAUCCUCCCUGAAAACAAAUUGACUUCCCUGCCUGAAUUGCCCAGUGGCAUUAUACAACUGGAUGCCCGCUUUAACAUGAUCCAGAGUUCAGGCAUCAGACCUGAAGCUUUCCAAGAUCUGAAGAAGCUGCAGUUCCUUUAUCUAGCUGAUAACAAACUGGACUAUAUCCCAGUGCCCUUGCCUGAGGGACUACGGUCUCUGCAUCUACAGAACAACAACAUCCAGACCAUGCAUGAGGAUGCGUUUUGCAAUAGCAGAGAUCACAAUUACAUCCGUUGGGCCCUGGAGGACAUUCGCUUGGAUGGCAACCCCAUCAACUUGAGCCUUUUCCCUGAUGCAUAUUUCUGCCUGCCUCAUCUACCCACAGGCCGUUUCUACUGAAUGAAUCAUCCAUCUCAUCAACCAGCCACAGGAGUUGUUUGAAAGUAAGACCCAAGUGGCCAAGAGAAAGUGGCCAUUACUGAUACUCUUGGGCUUCUCUGUCAGCAUAGCUCUUUUUUCCUCUCUCUCUGCUUGGCCCAAUUCACAUGAGGAUGUCCAGAUGGCAUACAGUACAAAUCAGUUCUUGAAGUAUAUGUGCUGAAAAAACCCCCCACAAGGUUUAAAAAUCCUGAUGUGGGACUGAAAGAAAAACCAAUUCACCUGAUUUUAAAAUCAGCUAAUGCCGAUGUUUUUCCCCAGAGAUUUUACUGAACCAAUAUAGGUGACCAACUUAGCAAAUGCUAAGGCCUUUAACUAUCUAUAUUACCAAAAUGCUAUGCUUUCUUGUAUGUGGUAGAGAUGUCAAUUGAGUAGUUGUAGCUUCUCCACAUUUCUCAAAUGGCUGAAUGAUUCUAUUAAUAAGAAUCCAUGUUGAGAAUUUUCUCAGUUGCAGAGUUUUAUAGCUAGAAUCCUGUUUUAAGGAAUCAUUUAUCUUCCUGGUUUUUUCCUCUAAGAUUUUCAAUUUCACAAUAUCUUUAGUUUUUAUGUGCUUUGAUAUAUUUAAAUACUUGUAGUUUCUGUGAAAUAGUUUAUGUAUUUCAUUUCACCUUACGUAUUUUGAGAAUUUCUUCUUUACUGAGAAAAUAUACAUUGAUAUAGCUGAAAUACAUUCUUUAGUUCUUUGAUGUAA